AUGGCCCUUUGGGGCAUGACAGCAAUCGGACUUUUUGUUGGAUACAGACCUCCGAAAAGGCACACUCGCUUUGAUCAUCUUUCGUUCUGGCAGAAGCUUGGCCGUGUUGACCUUCCAGGCUUUUUCCUUCUCACCGCGGGAUUGGCAAUUUUUCUGACUGGACUCAAUCUUGGAGGUGGCCUGUAUACCUGGUCUAGUGUACCGGUUCUGGCUACUCUGAUAAUAGGGAUUCUCACUUUGGUCGCCUUUGGGAUCUAUGAGUGGAAAUUUACGAAGACUGGAAUCCUGCACCAUGACCUAUUCCACGGUGGAAAGACUGGGGACAGUGCUGGCCAUACCUUUGCCAUCUGCAUUGUUCUCAUUUUCAUUGAAGGAAUUCUGCUUUUCGCCUUGAUAGUUUUCUACCCCGUCCUGACGGCGAGUCUGUUUGAAACAGAUCCAUUCCUAGAAGCGGCUCGACAAAUACCAGUGUUUGUUGCUUCGGCUAUCAGCACUGUGAUCUUUGGUUACUGGAGCACAAAGUUCAAGACUAUCCGCUCCCCAAUGCUGGUCGGCUUCAUCAUCUACACUGGCGGUUUCAUCGGCCUAUCUACGAUUCAACCCGACGACAACUUCAGUGCCAUAGCAUUUGCUGCUUUAGCUGGUAUAGGUUUUGGAUCUCCUUUGAUCUUGGUAAUUGCUGGAGUCCAGCUCUCAACGCCACAUCAUCUUAUCGCCACAGCAACGGCAGCUACAACUUGCUCGCGUGCCAUAGCAGCUUCUGUCUUCACAGCUAUUUUUUCAGCUACAUAUUCUGCACGCCUUAAGAAGUAUAUUCCUGAAUAUAUUUCCACGGCAGCCCUACAGGCAGGGCUUCCAAAAGCUUCUCUCGGAUCAUUUAUCGAAGCUCUCUCAUCUGACAACAGUACAGCAUUGACAGAGAUAUCUGGUAUCAAUCAGGAGAUCGUCAAUUCCGGUGUCAGCGCCCUCAAACAGGCAUACGCCGAUGGGUUGAGGGUUGUCUUUAUCAUUGCAGUCCCCUGUGGUGUCUUGGCGUGUAUUGCUAGUUUUUUCUUGGGAGAUCUAAAGAAGGUCAUGAAUUACGGUGUCGAUGCACCGAUGGAGAACCUGCAUGCCAAGCGUCGCUCAGAAGCUUGA